AAGUUAAAGGCGAAUUCUGUGAAAUUUUCCUGUGGGGGGGUCUGACAUUUAUGACCUCUUCAAAUGUCAGUUACACCAGUUAUCCACACACACACACACACACUCAUACACACCCAUGCACACUCACAAUCACAAGAUGGUAUCUAAAAAUAUAUAUAUGCGCCUUUCGUUUUUGCAGCUUAAAAGCAUGCUACUAUUUAUAGAGAAUCGAGCAACAGGUCCUGGCGCUUAUCCUCGGUGCUAACAGCAACUGUUUUUGAUUUUCGCAUUUAUUUUCUAUUUAUCGCUUGCAUUGUUUCUUAUCAGCAGCUGGUUUUCUUUUUGCUUUACGCUUUUCUUUUUCCAUUUGCUUGGCUCAGCUUGGUCGAAGGCAUUGCGAUUGUUCGGCUGCAAAUCAUUUGCAUUUGUGAUUUCGUUGUGUGCUGAACGGAUAGAUAAUGAGAUUUGUCUAAGUGUAGAAUGGAUUGGCUGGCUUUUUUGCCAUUGACCGUGUUAAUACUCAUUGCCGGUUUCAUAGUCGCAACCAUUCAUUUUAUACGCUGUUGCUUUCUGGCCAAAAUGUAUGUUCAACUCUUUCGACAGGCCGCGCCCGUUGUGGUUACAUCGGCCACGCACACAGCGCCUGGCGGCUAUCCUGUUACACAGAUUCCGGCCACAACCUAUCAGCCUCAUGCCUAUGGAACAGCGUAUCCCGCCCAGAACACGGGCAAUGUGAGCGUACAGAUGCCGAUGCCCAUGCACAUGCCUGGAGCACAGCCACCGAUGCCUGGCAUGUCACCGCAUGUUGCCGCAUAUCCGCCCAUGCCGCAGCCGGGCGUUGCAGCGGCAAACAUGAAUCCACCAUCGUACGACAUGGCCAUGGCCAAUCCCGGGCCGAGUGUUAUGCCCGGCGGCUAUGAGAAGCAAAUGCCCUACAAUCCCAACUAUGCACAAUAAGCAGAGUCUGUCAGUUUUGUCUGGACAGUUGUUAUUUGUUUAUGAUUUCUUGUCGCGCGCAUUUCCGAGCUGUUUACAACUCACACAUAAAAUACACAAUUCGAUAUAUACAUACGCUUUAGAAUCGCUUUAAAUUAUUAGCUAUAUUGUAUUAGAUCAUUAUACACCAUUUGCCCUUGGGGCGUAAUUGGGGUGUCCGAAGCUACCAAAGUGAAGAGCCAUAUAUUUGUAUUCAUUGUAUUCAAAACACAACAACAAUUUCUUAAGUCAUUCACAACUGAAUGUGAUGUACAUGCAAUAAGUGCAACAUAAUUUUAAUUUAUAUAACUUUAUAUAGCUACCUUAAGAGAGAAAAAAAACUUACGAUACCG